CUCAUUUAAUAUGUCUGAAAAUUCUUAUAAGAUUUAGAAAUUAUUAACGAGUACGUAAAAUUAUUUUUUAGUAUUCUCUCGUCGGUGACACUAACAAUUGUGUUGUUAGAAUCGGUCAAUCAACAAAACGUUGACAGCUAUGUUUGUUGACAAAAACAUUCAAAGAUGCAUUGCGAGUAAAUAUGACAAUUACAUGAUAAUACAUCGCUCCGUCGAUAGAGCGCAAUACCAUUCCUCGGUAAUACAUCUCGACAGGUUUCUAUUUUUUCUUCGGACAAUACAUGAUCAUGGUUCAAAUCUCUCUCUCUUUCUUUCACGUUGCUAGGGGGCAGUAAAGGAUCAUGACGCUCGAGAGAAGAUGGCAAGCAGGAACGAGAGAGUCGCGUGCUAAACGAUAGGACGCGCAGCAAUAAAUUACGUUCGCAGGCGGUGUGCAGCAAGUUUCCCGGCACAGUGUACGAACGCGCGUGUGUACGCGCGGAUUCGCGAUUUCGUUCGUGUGCAUGUCGCCGGUCGUCUUUUUCGUCGGCUUACGGAUCGGUGUACGCGCCGCGCCGGUUGACAAUGUGAACGUAUACACACGCGCGACGUAAAACAGCGCGAAGAGUCCACGAGCGGGGGAGAGAGGGUUGGGGGGUGGGGGGAAAGGGUGCUCCAGCUCGGCGAACGGAACAGCCGUCGUAGCGACAACGGAGGUACUCUGUUUUUCCCUCUUCUUCGGUUAAGACGAGACUGGCUGAUGUCAAACAUGCGGCGACGAAUUUUUCUCGCGAGCAACUCGACAACGACGAGAAAGUCGAAGAAGACAAUAAAUCGACGACGGCGCGCCACGGCCGUGCUCCUCUGCCAGUGAGACAACAUAUACAUAUAUACAUACACACGCGCACCGGUGCGCGGUUGCUGAUGAGCGCGGAUAUAUGGCGGCGCGAGUACUCUUACUGAGCGUCUUGAUUACGGAAGUGCUGAAGCCCGCUUGUGCCGCAGGUAUCAAAGGUAUCGGAGGAAAUAUCAGUGGUAGGAACAUAUCUAAAGGAGAUGGUUCUGACACUGGUCUAAUUAAAGCAUCUGGGUUAACAUUGGAAAUUCAACCUAGCGGCCAUGUGAUACUAGGAAAAAAAGGGAUCACGCUCAGUUGCAUAGCUGGUUCAAACGAGAAUGUAUCUUGGUUGCGCAAUGGAAUGCCAGCACCUCCGUGUAAUCUUACUCGGUGUGUUCUUCUUCACAAUGGCUCUCUUCACUUUUACAAGAAACAAAAUUUACAAAUUCAAAAGUUCAAAGAAAAGGAAAGGAAUAGUAUUAUUUAUCCUAAAAACUAUAAAGAUGAAUAUCGCUGUGUAACACGUACUAGUUUUGGAGGAUUGAUACGAUCAGCUCCUACAUAUAUUCAAAUAGCAGAACUUGCCCAUGUAUUUAGAGAAACUCCAGAAAAUAUUACUGUUCAAGAAGGUGAAGUUGCAAGAUUGUCUUGUUUGAUAGAUAGUGUUCCUUUCCCACCUAAUAUUACAUGGCAGCAUAAUGAAACAUUGUUAUCUUAUAAUGAAUCAAAGUAUUCUGUGGUACCACCAGGUGUUCUGUAUAUAAGUGCAACGAAACUGUCAGAUGCUGGCUCAUAUAGAUGCAUAGUCACUAAUGAAUUUCUAAAGAAGACCAAAAAGAGCAGAGAAGCAAAAUUAACAGUUAUUUCGAGAGCAGAGGUUAACAAAUCACAUACGCCAUCGUCUUUGUUUCCACAAACUUCAUAUAAUCAUUGGUUGCUUAACGGGUCAAAUCUUAAUUUGGCGUGUGCUGCAUCUGGUUAUCCAUCGCCAGUCAUAACAUGGUCAUUUAUUCCUCGUUACAAAGAUAAUGUUACGCAACCUCGCAUUCUUUUUAAUUCUACCACUGGCAUUGGUAUACUGUCAUUAACAAACGUAAACAUUUCUAAUGCUGGUGUUUACAUGUGUUCUUCGAAGAAUUCUAUCACCAAUGACUUAGAGGUACAGAAUAUUACUGUAGACAUACUGAUACCGCCGUCAUUUAUAAAAACGCCGACAAACCAAAUCUGUCCAAACGGAAGAACCGCAAGAUUCGAAUGUCAGGCGCAAGGAUUCCCCGUACCUCAAAUUUAUUGGCUAAAAGACUCGUCAAAUAUUACUAUCAUUGGUCGCAAAACAACUUACAUUAAGGAAUACAAUAAAAUAGAAUUAGCAAUAUCAGCAACAGUACCGUCUGACUCUGGCAUAUACCAAUGUGUAGCGGUAAAUUCAGCGGGUGAAAUUUGGGCCGCUGGUCGGCUCCAAGUAAACACAUCGCGCAAUAGCCCCGAUGCGCCCACUUCUUUAAAAUGUCACGCUGUUUCACCAGUUAGAAUUUUAAUUUCGUGGGAACCACCAAAGUCUCUACCAUAUACCAGUAUUACAGCUUAUACCGUCCAUUAUAGUCCUGUAGAAGGUGGCAAGGAGGAAGUUUCCCCGCCGGAACCAGGAAAUUCUACGUCUGUAGAAGUAACAAAACUUCUUGAACCGUUUACAAAUUACUCGUUUUACGUACGAGUGUGGAAUAAUUCUGGUGCUCAGGAUCAGUCGACUACCAUUCUGUGUUCCACAGCUCCAAGUGUUCCUAAAGGCGCACCAAAAAUGAAUGUGGAUAUAAUCAGUAGUACAAAAUUAAAUGUAUCAUGGGAGCCUUUGAGUAGAAAGGAAUCUCGUGGCAUUGUCGUGGAAUAUAAGUUACAAUGGAGACUUCAUCAACAUCCAUAUUCUAGAGUACUUUAUAUACCUGCCACUAUUGAAUACCACGUACUUGCAGAUCUGAUACCUGGAGCACAAUAUGAUCUUCGAGUAAUGGCAAGAACGAAACAGGGCUGGCCAAAUAUUAGCGAAACACAAUUAGAUUGGAUUACUGUAACUAUGCCAUCUUCUGAACCCAAUCAUUUUAUAAGAAAUGUGGAUAUUCAAGUAUUAAUUGUAAAUGCUUCGAUAAUUAAGAUGAAAUGGAAGAUCAACUUCAAACAAAACGAUCAAAUCGAAUCAAAAUUUGAUUCUUGGCAAAUUUAUUGUGAAAAUCAAGAUGGCGAAAAAUUAAAAAGUAUUCUUUUACCACAAAAUAUUACUGAAUAUUUGUUUACUAAUCUUGAUGUAAAUGUUUCUUAUACCAUGGGUUUGUGCAUGGUAAACUCAGGUGAAGCAACAGGUUGCUUGACAAAACACAUAGAGACUGCACAGUUCGAUCUUGACACUGUACCAAUGGCUUUGGAGGCUAUUCCUAUCUCACCAACGUCCAUUAAUGUAACAUGGACGUUAUCCGAUGCGCAAGGUGCAAAUUCAUUUGAACUUUGUUAUCAUGCGGUGAAUGCGCAAAAUUCUAACGGUUUAAAGUGUUUUAUCAUAGACGAUACAAAAAUGAACGUUGACAAAUUGAAGCCUUUCACUUUAUAUCAGUUUAAAGUAAGAGCCAUUAAGCAUGAUACAAAUCAAACCAGUCUGUAUAGCGACUCUAUAGAAUGUUACACAAAUGAAGAUGUUCCUGGUAAAGUCGAAGAGGUACAAUGGUUCCUGGGUAACAAUACGAAAGUACGAAUUGCGUGGAAGGAACCGAGCAAUAUAAAUGGUAUCAUACGAAAUUAUUUCGUCGUGUACACCAUGGAUCUGGCGGAGUCGACGAACACGUGGGGCAACGUGACCGUGCCCGGUAAUAAAACGACGACGAGUAUACCGGGGCUAGCGCCAGGGAAACGAUACUUUGUUAUGGUGCAAGCAGCGACGAAAGCCGGUUAUGGAAAACCGUCGGAUCCUAUUAUUAUUAUUACCGGUGGCAGUAGUAAUAAUACGUUGACAAUACCAACAUCGUCCGGUAAGCAGAAGCCACCGCGACCUGCUAAACCCGAUCAGAGUCUAGGUGUGGUUCUCGGAGUGAGCAUAAGUAUCGUGUUUAUCACGAUAUGUCUAUGCAGCAUAUAUUGCCGGAGGAAGUUUGAGAAUUCUCGUUCGUCGAGAAACGAUACUCAGCCUACGAAGGGGCGUAUACUGUCGCGAAACGGAAAUGGAUGUUGCACGGAGCAGUCGUCCACGUCUAUGAGUCAGCAAGCGAACACUACCGGCGCCCCGAAUGAGAUUGAACUGGCUGUGCUGUGCCCGUCGUCCCCGAUUGAAACAAAUCCGCAUUCCGACGCAAAGGGUACACAGUCUAAUGGGGUCUUUGAAAUCUGUGCGAAAGAACCCUUGUUAUCGCCAUGGGAGAUAAAUGGAGGUUCGAAAGACGUUCAUAUUAUGGAAAACCCUCAGUAUAAAAGAAGAGGCAGUUCUGCCUCGAAUAAUCUACAGGAGGAAGAGCAAGAUUUAGAAGGCACGCAGCUCACAAUAGUCAAUUGUACUUUAGGCAGUAGCACUAGCAGUUUAAAUAACAAUUCAGGAUGCCCGGAUGGAGAAACUUCAUCAUCGCCAAAGGCCACGUGCGUAUCUGUUCCGGCGCUCGGACCAAAUGGUUGAAAGUGCGUUAGGCAGUACGCAGAAGUGUUCAAUAGUUCUCAUCGAUAUCGAGGUGCAAACAGGUAGGAAUACAUAUAAUUUCUCCCAUUUUCUCCUAUGAGAUUGAUACACAUUGCGUAGAUCGUAGUCUCUUUCCAAGUCAAGAGAUGCGAAAAAACGCAAAAAAAAAA